CUUCCUAUUCUAUUCUUUCUGCUGGUUAGAGAGAGAGGAGGAGGGAAAGAGAGAGGAGGAGGGAGAGAGAGAGAGAGAGAGAGAGAAGUUUCAUUCAUCAGCAAUUCAGCUAGAGAGAGAGAGAGAGAGAGAGAUAGAGAGAGAGAGAUUGGAGAUCAAGAGCUAGAUGGCAAAUGGGUAUGCAUGGAUCAUGUGGAAGUCGCGGAUGGCGUCGGCCUUCCGGACCGGCUGGGCUUGUGUCAUGGUAGGCUUUGCAAUUGAGUACUACAAAGUGCGGCUCAACAAGCGGAUGGACUUCCAGCCAUUUGCUUACUUGACGGCUACGCUCAUUGUUGGCGAGGCUUGCCUGGGCGAGGCCGUGCAGGGCAUGGUGCUGGCCCUUUAUGGCACGCUCCAAGGCGCCUGCACGGCCUGGUUGAGCUUGUGGCUCAUGGGGCCGUCAAGCUUCUCGGCUUGGACCAUCAUGCUAGUGGUCACAGUUAGUGGCUUCCUGGUCUCACUCCCCAAGUCCACGCACAUUGUGACUAAGAGGGUGGCACUUGGGCAGAUAGUUAUUGUGUAUGUUGCUGCUUUUAUGCACAGGGAGAAGCACCAGGAUGCUAGCGUCUACCCUCUGCAUGCUGCAUUAAGCACAGCUGUUGGAGCUGCUGCAUCCGUUCUGGCGUUGCUUACGCCGGUGCCUAGGCUGGCCUGCCUCAAGAUUGGGGAAAAGAUUCGAUUAAUUGGAGAAAUCUCCUCUAGCAUGCUAAAGUUGCUGGCCGGUGCGUACUCGGCUGAAAGCAUGUCUUCCGCAAACGCCUCUCUUUUCCAAGUGAGAAUGCUCGGAGAUACUAGAGCUCAUCUUAUCACCACCGUGAGGAAUAUACAGGCAAAUAUCGGAUGGGAGAAGCCUCUUGUUCGUUGCUUGGUACCCAAAUAUAAAGCCCUCACAGAGAAAUUUUUCUCGCUUGAGAGACCCAUAAAAGGAAUGGAAAUUGCACUCAGCUCUUGCUCCUCAUUCCCUGUGAGCAGACACAUGGGGGAUAAAGGGAUCAUAGAUCUUCUAAGUGUCAUGGCAGAAAGGAUUAGUCACUCAUUACAAACAAUUGUAAACACAGCACCGAAAGAUUCAAGCCAAGUGCAUGUUGAUGAAACACGACCUCUAGAGAUAAGCUUUGAAGCAUUAGAGGCAGUGACACCGACAUCUUCCAGUGACUUGCCGCCUUUCUUCUUCAUCUUCUGCAUGAAAAAUCUCUAUGAGAGCGUAAUAUCUCCGCUACAAGGAGAGGAGAAAACCACAAAGAUGACCAAAAGUGGGGAAGCCACGAAGAAAAGCAAAGGUGCCUGGUCUCUGAAGAUUGAUGCAGAGAGUCUGUUAAUGGCUGUAAAAUGUUCAAUAUCUCUGGGACUCUCUGUUCUUUUUGGAAUUCUUUUCACCAAGGAUAAUGGAUAUUGGGGGGGACUAGCUGUUGCUGUCUCCAUUGCAACACAGAGAGAAUCCACCUUCAAGAUGGCCAAUGUGAGGGCACAGGGCACGGUUUUGGGCUCUGUUUAUGGAGUUUUGGGAUGCUUUCUCACACAGAGGUUUGAGUUUUUAAGGUACGUAGCAUUGAUACCAUGGGUGAUCUUCACUAGCUUCUUAAGGCAGAGCGAGAUGUACGGAUAUGCAGGAGGCGUGACCGCACUUAUUGGAGCAGUGGUAAUUCUGGGAAGAAGAAAUUAUGGUUCACCUUCUCAAUUUGCCAUUGAGAGAAUAACAGAGACUUUUGUUGGUAUUCUUUGCUGCAUCUUUGUUGAGUUCAUAUUCCUUCCCAGGAGGGCUUCAACUCUAGCAAGGGAGAAGCUCAUGGAGACACUAGCAGAGAUUGCUGACACCAUGCCUUCCCUUGGAUCCAACACCAAACCAUGCUUAAGCCUUGCUGAGAUGAAAGACGCAGGAACUAGAUUGAGGACAAACUUGUCUGAACUCAAGAAUUUGAUGGAAGAAGCAAAGGCUGAACCUGAUUUUUGGUUUGUUUCCUUUCCUGAUGCCAGCUACAGCCAGAUCUGGGGAUCACUGUCCACUGUGGUUGAGCUUCUGGACUUCUUACUUGAUGCAAUUGACUCUCUUCCUCAAGUGUCAUGCACACAUGCUCUGUCCCACAGCGAGAUCUACAAGGCCAUAAAUGAAGACCUUGAAGAAUUCAAGAACUGCAUUGAUUCGUACUUGGUUUGCUUCCAAGAAGUGCUUCAAAUCAAGUCUUUGAAAGAGUUGAAUGAUGAGUACCACAAAAGGAAUGAGGGGGUGGCUGACCUUGAGGCAGGUGGAGUGCAGACUGUUGAUGGGGAGAUGAUGGACAAGAUUGUUGAAUCACUUGUUAGGCAUAUAGGUGAAGCACUGGCACAUGUUGAAGAAAAGAAGGAGAUGAGGGGCCAAAUGGUUGUGUCUCUUGGUGCCAUGGGGUUCUGUAUGUCUAACAUCAUGAAGGAAACCAAGAAAAUUGAGUUGGGAAUUCAGGAAAUCCUCCAAAGGAACAACCCUCUGGCUCACGUGAAUCUAUGGGAGAUUCAUCACAUGGUGAUGCAUGUAAGUCCAUGCUAGAUGCUUCGAUGGUUCAUUAACCUCAUAACUUCAAUUCCUUCUCUUCCCGUAACAGAAAUUAGAGAUUCCAUUAGACGUGGAAUAACAUGAAUUCAUUACAGAUGAAGUAUUUGUAUAUUCUUAAAGUAUUGUCUCAGAUGUCAUGUAUGUAAUGCUUAUCAUCUAUUUUUGGAACCAAUGAACCCUUGUAUAUAAGGGUUGCAUAUGUAUUAUUUUGGCUAAAAGGCGACAUACUGCUUUUAUUUCCGUCAGUUGAUGACUACCAC